AAAGAAGUAUGUGGUGGCUGUUCUGCCAUUUAAUAUUCGUCCUUUUCGCUUCUAUCAUGGAGUUUGUCGCAGCUAACGAUCAAUGUAGGACAGAAAUAAACAUACAAGGAAUGGCUCUCGAGGGUUAUGUCUUCAAAAGGUGGUCACUGGAGGCUCCUCAUCUCUGCGAUGUCAAAUGUGGACAGGAGAUCACGUGCCAAAGCUAUAACUACAAUCGAAAAUUUCAAAUAUGUGAACUAAAUAACCGCACCAAGGAGGCGAGACCAGAGAAUUUCCUUUCAGCACCCGCGUGGUUUUACAUCCGGCGAUUGAACGGCAGAGCACCCUUAGGUUCUAUCCCUGAAUUACCGGCGCUGUCUUGUCACGAAAUAAAGGCGAGUGAAGGUAAACACACCAUAAGCGGCAAGUACUGGUUGGAUCCAACCAGGAAAGGAAAGGCGAAACUGAUUUACUGUGAUAUGGUUAAAGAAGAUAUGGAUGAAUGUAAAUUUAAUAUCAGUGACUGUGACGUGAAUGCAAACUGUACUAACACAUAUGGUUCUUACAAAUGCACAUGUAAAGUGGGAUACACCGGCGAUGGACACUCGUGUUCAGAUAUUGACGAGUGUAAAGGAAAUCACUCUUGUCUCGUGAAUGCUGCAUGCAUGAACACCCUUGGAUCACAUGUAUGUCAAUGUCACGCUGGAUAUACUGGAAACGGAACAAACUGCACAGAUAUCGAUGAAUGCCAAAAAAAUACUCACAAUUGUCACCUGAACGCUACUUGUCAAAACGUUAAUGGAUCCUUUGUGUGCACCUGUUUAUUUGGAUUAAACGGAGAUGGACGGAACUGCACAGAUAUUGACGAAUGUGCAAGAAAUCUUUCUUGUCAUGUGAAUGCUAACUGUACCAACACAAUUGGAUCACAUGUAUGUACAUGCCACACUGGAUACACUGGAGACGGACAAACUUGCUCAGACAUUGACGAGUGUUCACAGAUGAACAUCUGCGAUGAGCACGCCUCCUGCAGUAAUACCCAGGGCUCCUACAGUUGCGCCUGUAAUCCUAAAUACAUUGGGGAUGGUCUGACUUGUAAAGCCGAUCCGUGCUAUGAUUACAGAAACCUGAGCGAUGCUGACAGAAAGAGCACUUACAACACACCCUACGGUGGAGAAAAAUGUGACGACGAAUCCUCAUCCUUAAUAUUCGGGAAAUGGUAUCGUUUCGUGGGAGAUGCAGGAACAAAAAUGCCAACCCAGUGCGUACCGGAUAAUAGAUGUGGUGCGCUCUUAUCAGGCUGGCUAAAAGGUGGUCACCCCACAUUGGCAGAUGGUGAGGUUUCCUCCGAGGUCUGCUUUACCAGAGGUGGAGACUGUUGCAAGAAAUCAGUAAACGUUCGAGUGAAAGACUGCGGAUCCUACUUUAUAUACAAACUACAAAAGCCACCUGCUUGUGAUCUGCGCUACUGUGGCACAGACUAAGUGCUAUAAGCAAGUCACUCUGCACAGUGAAAGGAUUCACAAAUCGAUUUAUUGGUAAAUGUAAAUUAAUGUAUAACAAGGAAUGUAAGAAUUUCACGUGAUCCCCUUUUCAUGAUUAGUGUUAAACAGUGAGAAGUUUGAACACAAGAGUACCACUGGACCGCGACGUUUGAUCCUCCAAGUAAGAGUACUCCUGAGACGAUGUGACUGAAGGUAGUCAGCAAUAAUGACUGACGUUUCUAUAACCUUGGCGGAGUCUUUGACUUAUCGUUCAUGUGACAUCAAAAAUUU